GUUGACUUCAAUGUUGUUUACUUUUCUAACCUGAAUACCUGUUUAUAAAUAUUUGUCACUGAAGGAUAGUGUUCUAGUGUUGAACUUGUAUAAUUUUGUGUCUUGAACAUUGCGUCUUAAACUUGUGGAGAAAAUGGCUAAGCUAAGGAGUAUUUCCGAAAGAGUUGACGAACUUGAGAUCACCCCAAUUCCAGGGAUGGGACGUCACAAAGAUCCGAUCGAGAACGGAAACGGCGCUGCUGCCGCAGUUCCAUGCCUAGAACAGGUGCACACCACCGAGGAGUCCGAUGAUGACAUGGACCAUCCUUUAGUGUAUAAAAUCAGCGACAGACCACCCGUGCAUCUAAUACUACUUUUUGGAUUCCAGCAAGCAAUAAUAUCAAUAGCCCAUCAGCUGGUCGUGUCUCUGUUGGUAGCUGAAGUGGUAUGUGCCUCGAACGACAGCGAGUUUAAGGCCCGGCUUCUGAGUUCUACUCUAUUUAUGACCGGAUUUACAACUUUACUAAUGGUCACUAUUGGUGUAAGACUGCCAUUGUUUCAGGGAGCGGCAAUUGAGUAUUUGUCACCGCUUCUGCUAUUAGGGACGGUAGAUACAACAUUCUGUGUUACGGUACCUGCCACAGGCGCUGGAGGUGAUGCUGUUGCCGCAAAUAUUACGUCGAACAUGACGUCAGAUGAUAGUCGGGAAACUAUACUUAAUGCCGUCACGUCGUUGCAAGGGUCUCUUAUGGCUGCUGGUGCGAUCCACACAUUUGUCGGUGCCACAGGACUGGUCGGUGUAUUGCUCAGAUUCAUCGGUCCGAUGACCAUCAUCCCAGCCGUCCUGCUGAUUGGGUUGUACAUGAUAAAAGCCACUGCAAAGUUUGUAAUAGUCCAUUGGUUAGUCGCCGUUUUAACGGCUAGUGUAACAAUAUUUCUAUCUCUAUAUUUGGGUCGGAAGAAGACUCCCAUACCAGUGUGCUCCCGGAAGAAGGGGUUCAGGAUCAUCUGGUACCCGUUUCACCAAGUUUUUGCUAUUCUUAUAGGCAUUAUUGUUGGAACUAUAGCAUGUGCUAUCAUCACAACGUACGAUUUAGUACCAGACGACCCCAACAGUCCGAGGUACCGCACCCGAACAGAUGCUAGAAUAGACGUGUUAGAAAAAGCAGAAUGGUUUUAUUUCCCAUAUCCAGGACAAUUUGGUGCAAUGUCAUUCAGCUCUACAGCUUUAGUUGGCUGUCUACUGGCAACUAUUCUCUCUAUACUCGAUUCUGUGGGUGAUUAUUUUGCAUGUGCACGUGCUUGUCACGUUCCCCCGCCCCCUCGUCACGCUGUGAAUCGCGGUCUUACUAUAGAGGGACUAUGCACUUUUCUGGCUGGUACAGUGGGGUGCGGACAUGCAACAACAACUUAUGCGGGUAAUAUUGGUGCUAUGGGGCUCACGAAGGUUGCAAGUCGGUGGGUGUUUGUUGCGGUUGGUGUAAUAUACAUGCUGAUUGGUGUGUUGGGUAAAUUUUCUGCUGUUUUCAUCAUGAUACCGGAACCAGUCCUUGGUGGAGCGCUCAUGUCUAUAACUGCAGUAUUCAUAGGUGUGAUACUUUCUAAUUUAUCGGAGAUUUCCUUGAAGAGCACGAGAAAUUUGGCAAUACUUGGUCUUUCCCUGCUCGUUGGAAUCAUGGUGCCCUAUUUCAUUGAAAAUAACCCUGAAAUUAUCGAGACAGAUAACCUUGCAUUGCGCAACUUUUUGAAGAUGUUCUUUGGCAAUGCAAACUUUGCUGGGGCUCUGUGUGCUUUCUUUCUGGAUAACACUGUUCCUGGGACCAAAGAGGAAAGGGGCAUUUUAGCCUGGAGCAAGCCAAAGAUUUACGACACAAGUUCCGAUUAUGUUGAAACGUCUGAACUCUAUAAUCCACCAAUGCCAAAAGAGAUGAGAAAAUCUAAAUGGCUGAAAUUUAUUCCGUUCCUUCCAGAACCGGAAGUGGAUGUGACACCAGAAACAUUCGACAGAAAUAUAUCCAUAGACAAAGAGGAUAUUGAGAUGUUGUGAUAUUUAACUAUAUUUAAACAUUGAAUCUCUCUCAAAUAUGUUGUUUUCAUGCAUUUUUAAAGGACUAUUUUUAAUAUCAUAUUUACUUUACAAGUUCAUCUUAUGUGACUGAGAUAUCAUACAGAAAAUAGUUCAGACAUUUGUUACUUUGGUGAUAUUGUCAACAUUCCUAUUAUUUUUAUCACCAUUUUAAUUAACGCCGGUCAUGCAAGCAAUAUGGGACUAAGUUAAAGUUUAAUGAAUGAGA